AUGAUAAAAAGAGUUCCUUCGAAAAUCAAAUCAUUUAAGGUUUGUAAACUUACAACUUACAUUUCAAAUUAUAUAACAUUAAAUUUUGAUCAAAGUGCCAAGGAUUUCGUUUUUGUCCAAUCGAAUCCAGAGGAUCUUGCCAAUCGUCCAACCAUCAAGGGUUACGAUUUCAACAAUGGUGUAGACUAUGGUAAGCUAUUCGAAUCGUAUAUCAACACUGGAUUCCAAGCAUCUUCAGUGGGUCAAGCAAUCGAAGAGAUCAAUCGUAUGUUGAAUUGGCGUCUCUCUGACGAACCGUUGGCCGAAGGCGAGGAGAACAACGUUGAGGAACGAAAGAAUACACGUACCAAGAUCUUCUUGGGAUACACCUCCAACUUGGUGUCGUCGGGUGUGCGUGAAACCAUCCGUUAUCUCGUGCAACACAGCAUGGUCGACGUCCUCGUGACGACUGCCGGUGGAGUCGAAGAGGAUUUCAUCAAGUGUCUCGCUCCAACCUAUCUCGGAGAGUUCUCGCUGCCAGGUGCCGACUUGCGUCGUCGUGGACUGAAUCGUAUCGGUAACUUGUUGGUUCCCAACGACAACUACUGCAAGUUUGAGGAUUGGAUCAUGCCCAUCUUGGAUAAGAUGGUCGAUGAGCAAACCAACAACGGCACUCUCUGGACACCGUCGCGUGUGAUCAAUCGUCUCGGAAAGGAGAUCAACAACGAGGAGUCAAUCUACUAUUGGGCGUGGAAGAAUAACAUUCCAGUGUUUUGUCCGGCGAUUACCGAUGGUUCCAUCGGUGACAUGAUGUACUUCCACUCGUACAACAAGCCCGGUUUAGUGUUGGAUUUGAUCACCGAUAUUCGUAAUAUCAACAAUCACGCCAUCUACUCAAAGAAGACCGGUAUGAUCAUUCUCGGUGGUGGUGUCAUCAAGCAUCACAUCUGUAACGCCAAUCUCUUUAGAAACGGUGCGGAAUUCGCAGUGUACCUCAACACCGGUCAGGAAUUCGAUGGUUCCGACAGUGGUGCUCGUCCAGACGAAGCUGUCUCCUGGGGAAAGAUCAAGGUGACCGCCAAGCCAGUGAAAAUCUAUGCAGAGGCAACCGUUGUUUUCCCAAUACUCGUUGCUGAAACUUUUGCAAAGAACUUUAAAGAAAAGUCACCACAAGAGUUAUUGAUGAACAAACGUGAUAUCUUUUAA